UGUUAGAAAUCUGGCUAGUUGGCUAGGUUAGCCAGUUAGCUUGAUUGGGGCUGUGGAACUAGCUAGCUAGUUGUUGCCCAUUGCUAACGUAUAAUAUAUAAGUGCUGCUGUAUAUAAUCUUGCAGUAUUUGUUAACUUACUAGAAAUCAUUUUUACUCCUAUCGCAGUUUGUAUGUUAUAAAUACAUAAACGCUUAAGAUUGCUGAAGUUGUUUUGAUAUAUUCGGCGUCCCCAGUAGAUUCCCCUUAAUGCCCGCCCCUGCAACGUUUUCAUUGGUCAUGUUAUGAGAAACAACAGCGCGUGAGGCUUCUUAUUGGGCGGUGAGAAGCUCCUCAACCAAUCAGUUAUUGUUGCGCCACUUGUUGCUAACGUUGCUGGUUAGUGGCAAUAGCGGAAGUAGGAAAGACCACUUCCUGGAUGUUAAGCGAAUAAAUUUCAUUGUUUCGUACUCGGUACGGGUUAACGAACUUCUAGGUCGCUAGCGCUGUAUAAAAAUUGAUGUCCUAACAUUUAAUGUUCUCAAUCGUGUGCGUAAGGAGCAUUGUACAUGUACUGUUCUGUUUGUUUGGCCGAGUGGGAGGUCAGUCGGCAGAUGGGCUCGUGAUGGCACGAAGAGGAGGGAGGCAUUAACAUUGGAGAAGCUUUCAAAUAGUAAUUGAAACAGUCAGUGGUGGCAUCUAAGCAUCUGACAAGAUAGACAUUCGCCAGUGAGGACAAAGGAUCCCUAAUUUCCCCCAUUUUUCCCUUUUUGCCCCAAGCCAAUGUUUUUGUAAAAACACUAUUUUUGUAAUGGUUUCUCUACAUUUUAUACUUAUUUAUGUUGUAUAAAACACUGACUUUAAGUGUUUUCUAGUUUGACCCUCGUUCUGUUAGAUUUUUGUUUUUGUUUUUUUUUUCUAUUUUGUUUCCUUUGCCAAGAAAUGCUUUACUUGAAAAAGUACUUCACAGAGGGUCUGAUUCAGUUCACUAUCCUCCUGAGUCUCAUUGGGGUGCGGGUGGACGUGGACACCUACUUAAACAGUCAGCUGCCCCCGCUCCGUGAAAUCAUCUUGGGCCCGAGCUCAGCCUACACACAGACACAGUUUCACAACCUGCGCAACACCCUGGACGGCUAUGGCAUCCAUCCGAAAAGCGUGGACCUGGACCAUUUCUUUGCCAUUCGUCGGCUGCUGAAUCAGGUGCGCUCUCUGGAUCACCUGCGUGUGCCCAGCACUGAGCUGAACGCUUGGCUGGUACACCGUGACCCUGAGACAGUGGUGUCUGCAGCCAGCCAGUCCAGCCCCAGCAUUGCCCUGGACAAUGGCGGCAGCCUGGAGGACGUGAACAGCCCUGAACCCUCGGCCAUGAGAGGGGCCGGCAGCACUUCUGAGUCAACCUACAGCCUUAGUGGAGAGGACAGUUUGGGUGCUGUGGCCCCUGAGGCCAACCAGGAGCAAGGCAACAGAGACAGCGUUGAUGAGCUUUCUAAAGAGGACAUAGACCUUAUAGAUAUCCUCUGGAGACAGGAUAUUGACCUCGGAGCUGGACGGGAAGUGUUUAACUACAGCAGCAGGCAGAAGGAUGAUGGAGAUAAACCGAAUGAGGUAAAUGAAGAGGCAAGUGUACGGGAGGAGGACUGGAGGAAUGGAGUCAAUCUGCAGGAGGGUCAGGGCGUAACUCUUGUGGAUGGAGAGACCGGGGAGAGCAUACCUGAGGAGCUUUCUCGCCUUGGUACACAGACUUCUAUGUCCCUACAGGAAUGCUUAAGGCUUCUGGAGGCCACCUUCCCUUUUGGAGAGGAAUCAGAGUUCCAGGCUACAGACGCUGCCCCUCAACUGAGAGGCCCUGCAGAAAAUGCUCCUUCAACAUCUCAGGGGCUUUCACUGCCUGCCCCUUUGACUCAAUCCGAUGCACCUUUAGACCUGGAACAGCAAUGGCAAGACAUAAUGGCAAUCAUGGAACUACAGGAAAUGGAUGUGAAUAACACAGCAGAAAAUACCAAUCUCAACAACCUGAAUAACACUCAAGCUAAUACCAAUGAAUCGGGCACAAUGACCAGUUUUGGUGUUUCACAAUCCAGUCUGAUCAACCAGGAUGUGAGUCUCCAUCAGGCGUCCCUCCCAAGCUGCAGCCAGGACCUCCCCAGCCUUUUCAACUCUGACUUAGAUCCUUCUGUUGGACAACGACCUACUCUCCUUAGGCUCUCUUCUAGCAAUUCAUCUAAUAUUAACUCAACAUUUGGAGUCACAAAUCUUACUGGACUGUACCUCCCACCACUCAACAGCACCAACAACUUAACCUCUUCCCCAGUGUUGCCAGACCCCUUUGUUAGCCUGCUGGAGGAGUCCAUGCUGGACGAAAUUAGCCUGCUAGACCUUGCAAUGGAGGAAGGGUUCAGUCAGGCUCAAGCUUCUCAGCUAGAAGAUGAGCUCGACUCGGACUCUGGAUUGUCUUUGGAUUCUGGCCAGAGCCCUGCCUCUCCCAGCAACUCUGAGACGUCUUGUUCCUCGGCCGCAUCCUCCUCCUCCACCUCUGCCACUUUCUCUGAGGAAGGUGCUGUGGGCUACAGCACAGAUUCUGAAGUGGCCACAGCAGAAGCAGAAGAGGGAGCCGUCGGAGGCUACCAGCCUGAAUACAGCAAGCUGUGCCGGAUGAGCUAUCAAGAUCCCUCCCAUUUUCACAACCUGCCACAGCUGGACAGCAUCAAUCACAACCACACCUACAAUUUGCCACUGGCCUCCUCGUACCCUGAGCAGCCCCAGCUGCUUGGAUCCUGCAGUAAAAAAUGCAGAGACAAGCACCUCCAACAAACCAAGAUUCAUCCACCACGAGAGUUCAUUGACAAGCAAUCUAGCCGCGAUGAACGUCGGGCCAGAGCCAUGAAAAUCCCCUUUUCCAAUGAUAAAAUUGUCAACCUUCCCGUUGAAGAGUUCAACGAGCUUCUGUCUAAACACCACCUCAGUGAGGCCCAGCUUUCUCUCAUCCGCGAUAUACGCAGGCGUGGCAAAAACAAAAUGGCUGCGCAGAACUGCCGCAAACGCAAACUGGACACCAUCAUCAAGCUUGAGCAAGGUGUGCAGGAUCUGCGGCGUGACAAAGCCCGGCUGCUGAAGGAGAAAAUGGAGUGUCUGCGCUCUAUCAGGCAGAUGAAGCAGAAGGUGCAGAUCCUUUAUCAGGAAGUGUUCAGCCAGCUGCGUGAUGAAGAAGGCAGACCUUAUCCUGCUAGCGAGUAUUGCCUGCAGUACAGUGCUGAUGGUAGCGUGCUCAUCACACCAAGAAGCAUGACUCUUGAGCAAAGCCGAAAGCCUGACAAGAAACCUAAGGACAAAAAGAAGUGAGGACUCCAUCCCCCAAAAAAAUUCUUAUGUGGUGGAAGUAAAUGCUGUUUUUUUUCCUUUGAGAAGAUUCUAGCAAGGAAAAGAAAAUUGCACUGUCAGUGUUGUUCCUGCAUUAGGUUUUCUCCUUUUUUCUUUCUUUGGUUCAAAUGUUUUCUCCAGAAGAUAAGAAGCAGAAUUGCUUUUUUUAAAGUACCGAUUUUCUGUUGUUUUACUUGGAGUAUGGAGUAUGACCAGAUUGGUGAAUUGACUGAAUCUAAGAAGAGCAAAAGAGGCAAACCGCAGCUGUGGAGACACUGACUAAUCUGAGAAUAAAUUGAGGAAUUGACCUUAAUUUCCAUCAAGAUCCCCAAAACAAAAGAAUGGUAAGGCUAGCUGAUUAUCGGCUUGGAAAGGUCAUUAGACACUUUAGUAUUGGCCUCUGGGGUGUGUGUGUAUACCCUGCUGGUAGUCUUUUAGUUUUAAUGAAGGCGGCCCUUCUUUCUGAAGAUGGUGGAGAAGCCAGCGGAAGUUGGAAGAAUGAACUUUUGUGUCGAGAAAUCGAAUGCAAAAGAACGCAUGCCUUCAGUAACCAAUGGUUGUGCAUUUCUUUUGUUUCCAGUUCCAUCACAGUGGUCACUCGUGUACCUACACCAAUGUGACUUCAAUGACGCAACAACAAGGAAAUGACGCAUUUCCCUUGGGACAGUUACAUACGAAACCUGACCGAGGUUUCUCUGGGGUUUAGAUGCCACUUGCCAUGGAAUUAGGAACAGUCGGAUGAAAUAGAGUGAUAAAGAAUGAGUUUGAGGGAAUGCUCGAGGUUGGAAUGAAUGAGAUGAAAAUUUAAUACAGAGUAAAGAUGCACACUGCAUUACUAAUAAAUCAGCUUCUGUACUCUGCUCAAUGCUGUAAAUCAUCUCUGUCGCUUGGCUGUAAAGCUCUCAGUCUUUAGCUCUUCUGCAGGCUUCAAAGGUGAGAAUCUCCUCCUUGAACCUUUCCAUAGUUUUCCUCCCAUGUGCAUAGAUUUUUUUUCUUUUCUCCUGAAUUUUGUCAAGCGCGUUUCAUUGCUUAAAACUGGACUUCUAAUAAGGAUAAAAGAGAAUCAAAACAACCACCAAAAAAAAAAAACUGUACAGAGAUGUUGUGCUGAAUUUCGGCUCAUCACAUGCUUUUCAGAGUUACUUUCUGGCUUAUUACCGGACUGCUAUGUUGUUUUCAAAGCAACAGGCACAAAGUACAAUUCUCACCCCAAGUCAUUUUCUUUUAGUUGCAGUAGUUUUCUCCAAUACUUUUUUUUUUGUCCUGGACAGUGAACAGGAUACUCUGAAAUGUUGAGAAUAUUGGCUUAAUGUUCACAUCAUUAGAGCGUAGUUCAGUAGCAGUUCCUUUAUCAAUGAACCGAUGUGAAAAGUGUGAACGUCACAUUUUUGUUCAUUAAUGUACCGGGUCUUUUACUUCCUUUUUCUCUUUUAACUCAUGGAACUUCCCCUGUUUAAACAGACAAAUUUCUGAACACUACCAUGUUCCUGUUUAGUCAAUAAAAUCACUUGGAGAUCUGAAAAGCUGCUGAGCAUGUACCACAGUGGAACAGGAUCAUGCUGAAAUGCAGCAUAAACAUUGCUUUCGAACUGUUCAGGAGACUCGCAUACAUGUGAAAUAUAAUGUCUUUAAAACGGAGCUUUAGCACUAAUACACAAGCUUUAAUCUUCACCGGGUCUAUACAUCUUCAUAGUUUAUUCAUAUCUACCGGUUUCCAUUGCUCACAUUUACACUGAAAACAUGCAGAGCCUCAUGUGUGGAGUUAUUUUCCUGUCACAAAUUGUUGCAUGUAACGAUUGCAAUCAUACUUUUAUGAAUUGAAAAUUCAACAAAUUGUUCAUAUGCAACUGCGGUUAUAAGUUAAUGUAAUAAGUGGCACCCUCAUUUUCAACUCUUAAGUCCUAAUUUACAUCUUUACUUGUCUUGUCAAUUUAUCUAUUCAGUUGUAUUAACAGCUUUUGUACUACUACUACAUAUGCUUCCAAAGCGCAUUACUGGCACUCAACUCAUUUUUAUUACUGUAAUACAGAGAGAGAGAGAGAGAGAGAGAGAGAGCUAUGGGGGCUGGCCUCAGACAGGCAAACGGACAUUAAAAGUUAUCAAGCAUUUGACAUAGGCCUUGAAUAAUAGCUACACUGGCUCAGAGUGGCUGGGCUGCCGGUUUUCAUUCCAGCCGAAUAUGAGCCACACUCAGUAGUCAUUUGAAAGCCAAGAUCGGUUGAACUAAAUGUGUUAUUUAUAAGUGGCAUUAAAAACAGCCACUGCGGCUCUUUGCAUAUAAGACUGAAGUCCACCAGCUUUCAAAUCACGUUCUUAAAGAUGCGGCUUCAAACUGUCAAAACUAUGCACGUAAAGCAGUAUUGCUUAAACCCACCAAGAAAUGUGUUGAGUAUCCAAAAAAAAAAAGUAUUUGAAAACAACCAUAAGAAGCAUUCAUUAAGAAUUUGUUCAAAGUUGAAUGAAUUUGCAAUUCAUAAAAUGACGAUUUGUCAGGAAAUGCACUCUGCACACACAGUGCACUCUGUCUGGUUGUUGCAAUAUGCAAGGAGUAAAAAGUCACCAUUAUUUUGACAAGAGACGUUUUAAGAUAUUUAAUAGUUAUGGAGUAGAUAAAAGUUAAUUAUUUAAACAACAACAACAACAACAAAAAAAGAUCAGGCAUGGAAAUUGUGCUUAAAGUAGUUUUAAGUUCCUGGUCUUUUGCUGUCACUAUUUGUCAUCAUGCACUGAUUAUUUUGUGUCUUGUUUGUUUUGUAAAUAUGUUUAUGUUGUGUUGUUUUGAUUGAGAGAUAUUUUGGCCCACUGUAUUUUACCAGGCCUUCUGACUUCUGUUUUGUUUUUGAUUCACUUCCUGUUUAUUUUGAAAGAUUUGCUGGCAAUCUGAAAUUUGUUCUUUUGUUGGGUAAUAAACGUUUUUGUUUUCCAUUUUUCAAAGUUA